GACGCCGUCUUUAUUUACGUUCCUCCUCGCCCCUCAACAGCAGGGCCUGGCGAGAACUCAAGGGAAAGGACAGACUUAAUUUAAAGUCAAAAACCCUAUAAAAGAAGAAAGAAGAAGAAGAAGACUUAAUCUAAGAUAAUCCUGUGGAUUGUUGGCGAGUAACACCAUCCUAAGUAUUAAGCAACUUCCCCAUAACUUGUACUUGACUACGUGGGAAUAGUUGAUAAACAGUCAGAUUGCCUGAUCUAUGACAAAGAAUAGACAGAUUGUGGAGAAGACUUACUCGCCUGUCUUACGGACUAUGAUGCGACAUCAGUACAAUGCUACUCCAUUCCUCUCAGAGGAAAUCGUGCUUGGACACUACACCUCUACAAGAAACUUUAUCCAUGAACUACUGAACAUGACGUAGUCUUGUAAAUCAUUGUUCAUUACACUUGAGUUCAAGCUCACACAACCAAGAAUAUUUUUCAUUCAUUCACAACAACAAAGAGUAAAGCAGGAAUGCCGACUCUUCCAGCCUCUGCUGUAGGGGGUCUAUACUCCAGAAGGCGUCAGCAAGUCAGGCGUGACCAUGACAAGAACAUCAUGUCUGGGGUGGUCAGCAUUAUUGUGAUUGUUGUAGUGUGUGCCUGCCUAAGCCAACCUCAGUGGUUCUGGUUGGAUGGAGGAGGUUGUAGCACACAUACUAUUGGCCUAUAUAUGUUUUUCCACCCAGGAGAGUUCCAAGCAACUGAAGGAACAACUUACAGCUCUUCAACUCCCCACCUAAUAUAUUAUGCAAAUGGCCACAAGCUGAAAUUUUGUGUGACUCCAGAAAUUGUAACCUUGAUGAGAGUUGUCAUUGGUCUUAUCUUUGUGAUGAUUUGUGCAUCGUUAAUUCAAAUGAUGCUUGACAUAACUGGCCCAACAGGCAGAAUCCUCAAGUGCGUCAGAAAAAAUGCAGUGGCUGGGAUUAUAUCAGUUUUGGUGUGUGUAGUGUGUGUUGGUGUAUGCUACUACAUUACUACCUUGAUAGAAAAACUACAAGAGGCCACAAAGCCAGUGACUGGACCAGCAGCAUCUGCUAGAGUGCAGAUUAAACUAGACGUUGGGUUUUACCUUCUCAUAUUUGCAGGUGGUAUGUCUGUGAUGGCAGUGGGAUGCAGCUGGUUACGACCAGCACACAUUUUUCAAGAUGGAGAUGCAGCUCCCUUAGUAGAAGAGUGGGGUGGCCUGGAGGGCAUGGAGACCUUCUCUGUUCCUCCAGGUAGUUCCCUAGGACCAUACCUGCCCUACCUACAUGAUAUGGAGCCUCCCCCACCAGUAGAAGGGCACCCUCCUCCUCCAUAUACUCCAUAGUAAUUUUAUUCCAGAUUAGUAUCCAAAGGUUAAGGAUAUGUAUUAUUUAUAUUAUUUAUGCAUUUGCUGUCUUUAGAGAUAGCCAUAUUUCCAUAUAUUGAUAGAAUAUAUAUGUAUAUAUAUAGACGGAUAAAUGUCAUUAUAUUUUUUUUUAUGCAGGGUUGUGAUAUAUAAUUUUUUUAUGCAGGGUUGUGACUCCUAGUUCUAAAAAUAAUGUUCUAGUGUAAGUUACUCAAGCUUUCAAAUUUAUUGUAUCUCCACUAAUCACUAAAGUCUAAGGAGAGAAUAAUCAAGAUAAAGCUGCUUAUUAUUAUUAUUAUUAUUCUAUUUAUUUAUAUUAUUAUUUCUUUUUUUCAUUUUCACAGCAGCAGGUACAUUGUCAUUGCAUCUGCUCCAUAUAAAAUAUGAUAGCAUGUGAGAAAGAGAAAGAAAUCUCUUUGUAAAAGAGAAUUGAGCUAAUAGUUAUGUAAAUACACUGUCCAAAUUAGCUUUUUUUUCUAUUUUGUUUAUGCUUGCAAGGGUUUACUAACAUUUAGUUACAAAAGAGUCAAUUGCUAUGUCUGCCUGACCUCACAUUUUAACCCCAUUAGUUAAGUUUGGGAUUUUUAAAAAUUCCUGAUAGUAAUAGUAUCAUAAAAUCAGUAUUAUAUUAUUGGUAGCCUUGUUAAUUGACUCCUUAUUGACUAAGGAGGGAGUCAUCAGUGUGUAAAUAAAAUUGUUAAGAUGGAAUCAGUAGGUAGAGUAUGUGUACAUGGAUUCCCAUUGUCAGUUUGUUAGCUUUGGAAGUUGUUAAUUUGUAUCAAUUAAUACGUAGAACUCAGUAUUUAGUUUUCAUUUAUAUGCUUUAUUCACAUUUGCAAAAGUGCAGUACAAAAUAAGACAAAUGAGUCACAAAAAUAAUAUGAUUACUUAAUUCAGAUAUUGAUUCCAGUGUAUUUCAAGCUUACACAGAGAUCUAGUUUAUUUUAUUUAUUUAUUUAUUUAUUUAUUUAUUUAUUUAUUUAUUUAUCUAUCUAUC